CCUUGAAUGGCUUAGCAAUCAUCUCAACAUUGUAUCACCCCACAGCUCCCUUCCUGCCCAUGUUGACCGCUCUUGCUUUGACAGCUGCCCUAGCCAGCAUGCACGACAAGUCUCCGUGAGUGUUACAUCGCAUCACGCUUAGGGUAUUUGCAAUGGAAUGCAGAUGUUGAUUCGGGGGUCGAGGACCUCACGAAUGUGGCUGAGAACCAGCCUCACUUACCUCUUAAAUGGUGGUGCAGUUUAUCAUUUCAUUCUCUUUCGGAGAGGAUACUUCCGUCGGAGAGGUGAACACGAAUCAGACCAGAGGGACAUGAUAGCUACUGUUGGAACCAACAGAACGGUCUCAAAGCCACGAUGUCAUCAGGAACCGAUUGUGUUCUCAUGCAGAUUUCGGGGGAGAGGGAGGGGAACGACGGAACGACCUGGGCGGCUGCACUGCCACAGGUGGCUUGACAUCAUGCCCGUGCAGGUUCCAUCCUAGCUGACAUGAAUCAUGUCCGACCAAAAGACUAGGAAAGCUGCCUUGGGUUGCAAUAACACCCCUUGCUAGCGCCGUUGAAAGCAAACAAUAGGCGCCUUGUCAUG